GCCGUCGCCGACGAGCUCCGUCUGGGGCGCCUCGACUUCAGCGCGACCUCCGCGGCAGACCUCUGCCACGACGGCAGCGCAGGCGAGGGCGGCGGUGCUCCGAGCCUGCGCCUGGCCGAGCUCGAGGUGCAGUGCGCGUACGCGGACCCGAACUACGGCUUCCUGUGGUUCUGGUGCCGCCAGGGCUCGCUGAGCGCGCCCGCCGACGUGCUGUCCUGCAUGCGCGAGGAGAUCGCGCAGGGCUUCGCCGCGGGAGGCACCCUCCCGGCGUACGCCUGGGCCGUGGCCCGUGGCGUCUUCGGCCUGGGCCUGGAGGACCGCGUGGACUCCGACAGCGCAGCCUCCUCGGGUCUCGCCCUGCGGGACUUCACGAUCGGCUCGCUGCGGCUCUCCCGCUGCCUGGGUAUGCAGGGCGGCGCGGCGGCGCUGGCGCCGGCGGAGCGGUGGCGGCUGAUAUUCGGCUCGGACAUUCUAUGUUCAUAG